AUGGAAGCUAAGCUCUUAUCUUCAUGCAUUGCUCAUUCCAACCAGACACUAUUUCCUGCAGGUGCCUUUACCCGAAGACUGAUCACGGCGUCGAAAAAGAAACUAUCCGUAAGCUCAAUGAGAGAAUCUGAUAGUCAAGAUUAUGAAGGUAAGUUGGUAGACGAGAGCCUGAUUAUUCUUCGAAUGCGUAUUAAAGAAGCGAAGAUAACGGAGAAAAGUAGUAGUCAUGGGACUGCAGCACCAUCAAAUUGGAUGGAAUGGGAGAGACAGUACUAUUGCAAGCAUUACCAUGAGGAUGUGUGUGAAGGGCUUGGAUGGUUGCAAAUUUAUUUGAUGAACACAAGGCCUAGUUUGGCUUUAGGUGUUUUUGCACUCGUUGGUUUCAGUGUACCUGUGUCUACUCUCAUGAUUAUAUUUAAUGUUAUGAGAUGGCUGUAUCAUUGUGUUUUUGUUUGUUAA